AUGUCCCAAACAACCACUGUGCCAGAAUUUGAAGAAACACCUGAGACAGAUUUUGAACCAACCCCUCUACUACAAAUUGAAGGAACUACAAAAACCACUCUUGAACCACCCCAAAAACUUGAAGAAAGCACACCCACGCUUCCCCCAGCUCCAUCUAAAAGUUAUCCAGCCGCAGAAGACGCUGCUGCCCUGAUGAUGAUGGCACGGACAGCAUCGUAUGUUCCUAAAACAGAUCCAAUGCCAUCAUUCAGCCUUGGCUUCACUGAUUCAAGCCAAGAAGAAGCAGCAACGCAAGAGGGAGCGUCAACGCAGGAAGCAGGCAGGGCAAAAACUCCAGAAACUACAAAUUUGCUAGAACAAUUAGAGGAUUUGGUACAAAAAAUAGCAAGCAGUGCGGCGAAAGAAGAAAGUAAAAGUCCACAAAUUCAAAAAGAGACUGGCGGAGAAAGUUCUGGGAAGUUUGAAACUCCUGCGGGAAUAAAUCAGAAUACGGGUGAUAUGAAAGAGAAGUGCUACAUCUGGGGGACGCGAGUGAAGAUAUACGCAGAUGGCAGUACUAACGAGUUUGACAACGUGUGCACUCUGAUUGCCUAAGAUAAAU